AUGUCCCUUCACGCUCGCAACAGCUGAAAACAGAGAAGGAAACUUGCUAGAGCCUUUUUUACCAGCGCAGGAAGCCUCCCUGUCCCGCUCUCACCCCAGAAGCCCUCCCGUACUCCACUACUCUGGGGGGGUGGCUGUCCCACACCCGUCGGGCGAUGAACAUCGCAAGGAGAAGAGGCUUUUACAGACAGGAGGUGAACAACACGCUCUGGGAGCUGCCAAGGAAAUACACAUCCCUCCACCCGCUGGGGUCCGGGGCCUACGGCUCGGUGUGUUCAGCCAUAGACAAGAAGACGGGGGAGAAAGUGGCCAUCAAGAAACUCUGCCGCCCAUUCCAGUCAGAGAUCUUUGCCAAGAGAGCCUACAGAGAGCUGAUGCUGUUGAAGCACAUGCAACACGAGAAUGUCAUUGGGCUGCUUGAUGUCUUCACCUCCACUGCCUCCUACCAGGGGUUUCAGGACUUCUACCUGGUGAUGCCAUACAUGCGGACAGAUUUACAAAAGAUCAUGGGACAUGAAUUCAGUGACGAAAAGAUCCAGUACCUGGUCUACCAAAUGCUGAAAGGGCUGAAGUAUAUCCAUUCAGCUGGCAUCGUCCACAGGGACCUGAAGCCAAGUAACCUGGCUGUGAAUGAAGACUGUCAGCUGAAGAUCUUGGAUUUUGGCUUGGCCAGACAGGCUGAUGCUGAGAUGACUGGCUACGUGGUCACACGGUGGUACAGAGCCCCAGAAGUCAUCCUGAACUGGAUGCAUUACAACCAGACAGUGGAUAUCUGGUCUAUUGGCUGUAUCAUGGCAGAAAUGCUGACUGGGAAAACACUCUUUAAAGGAAAAGACUACCUGGAUCAACUGACCCAGAUCCUGAAAGUAAGAGGGCAUCCAGGAGAGGACUUCUUGGAGAAGCUGGAGGACAAAGCGGCUAAGAGUUAUAUCAAGUCCCUCCCUAAAAUCCCCAAGAAGGAUUUGUCUGUGCUUUUCCCUAAAGCAAAUCCUCAGGCCGUGGACCUGCUUGACAAGAUGUUGCAGCUGGAUGUGGAAAAGCGCCUUACAGCAACAGAGGCCUUGGCUCACCCCUACUUCGACCAGUUCCGAGAUGUCGAGGAGGAGACGGAGGCACAGCACUCCUAUGAUGAUUCUCUGGAACAUGAAAAGCUUUCAAUAGAGGAGUGGAAAAAGCAUAUUUACAAGGAGAUCUUGACCUUCAGUCCCAUUGCACGGAAGGAUUCAAAGAAGAGAAGUGGGAUGUCAUUAUAGCGACGGGUGCAGCUGUGGCUGGGACUCAGUUCUCCUUGAUGACAUGAAAUUCAUUCCACACUGCGUUGCUGGUGGCCGUUAUUUGGCCUGUGGGACCUCUCUCUGUGUGCCAACACAAGGAUGACACCAUGCUGUGGGCAUUGGACUUUGUUCUACUAAAGGGGAAGCACCCCAGACAGUUUUCAACAUAAAAGACAAAUAUAUUCUUGUUGAAAAUUUAAGUGAGAGAAUUUUACCUGGUGGUUUUAUUUUUUCCUUGUAUUUGUCCAUGUGAGAGAGGAGGGGUUUCAUUCUUUCUCAUUAAUCUUUUCAAACACAGGGUUUAGUACAUUAAUUAUGGAUGAGGUAAAGAGAAAGGUAAAAUUGACUGGGAAGCGAGUCCUAUGCAAAAGGAUCAGAAAUACUGAAAUUCAGCAUAACAAGGCCUUAUCCAAUCUCACUCUGACUGUGUCCUGCUUCCCUGAAUAGUCACAGAGCACCCAGCAGAGCAAGGCUGCUGGGAUGGUGUCCAGGGCACCAUGGGAUCAGCCUGUGUUCCGAACAGCUACAAACUCAUCCUAUACACAGAAUUCUGCUCAGAUGCUUCCUCUCCAAAGAGCCACUGCCUCUUUUUUUUUAUUUUUUCCCUGCUUAUUUAAUUGCCUGGGAUUUGAUCAGUGCUGUUUCCUCCUCACUGCCAGCAGCAAACGCAGCCCGGGAAUUCAAGGCCACCUCCCACAGUGACAGACUGGGUGUCCCAAGCAGCUGCACAAGUUAGUUUGAAUAUGGAUCAGCAGGAAGUUUUGCAGCCUGUGCUGAAACUGGAGUAUCUGCAGAUGCACGGCUUAUCAAUACAGUCACUUGAUAGUGCAGUGCUAGGCAGGCACAGCUGCUUGUUGUGAUAACACCUUUGGACUGCAACACGUUUUUCCCCAUGGUGAUCAGCCAAUCAUUCCAAAGUCUAUCCCAAGGGAUAUGUGCCAAGAGACAAGUGUCUUCUCUGUAUCAGAGCUCAGAGCACAGAGUCCCCAGGACUAGAGAAAAGUAUGGAGAUAUGUGACCUCAGUAAUACAUGCAGUGAGUCUCAACUCCCCCCUCUUCUGUAGCUGCUGACUUGGUUUGGUUUAGCCAGGUUGUUUGUUUUCAGUACUCUCUAAUUUUCUUCUUAAGUAAUGUUCAGUUUUGCUGUACAGUUUUCAGUUUUGCUCCCACAAGUAAGGGAAAACUGCAACAUUUCCAGAAUUUUCUGAUCUGUCUUCUCCACUGGGAACUGGACACAAUGAUGUCAUGUUUCUUGGCUGUCUCCCUGUUGCAGCUCACGGCAUGCAGCACUCGGGAUAACCCUCCAGUGACUGCAGCUUUUUGAUAGGAUGGUGUUGAUGUUUGCCUGCUGUAGCUGCACAGCUGGUCCAUGAUGAUAAGAUGUGGUUUCUCGUGGCUCAUAUCUGUCUGGGCCGUGUACAAGCCCUUGGCUUCACUCCUCUCUUAGGAAGGGACAGUGAGCACAGAACUGUGGUGAUGUGCCCUCAAUUCCCUGGAAAUUCAAUGUUUUCUUAUGCAGCACUUUUGUAAAGAGCUAGGCUGGGGGAUAAGCAGUAAUGUUCUGCUGACUCUGUCUUGAAAAACACAGCUUGAUGAGAUUUAGGGUUCAUCCUUUCCUUUUGCUAAGGAACAACUUGCAUUUUCCUUGAGUGGCAGAAGGGAGAAGUUCUUGCUGCAUCUGUCAAACUGCAGUUGGAAUACUGUCCUUAUGAAUCUGACUUGGCUGCCACAUGCCCUGCACAAUCUUGAACAGAGGUCAGAGAGGAGCUCUCUGCAGCUGCCAUUUACAUCUCAGAGAGCUGCAGAUGUUUAGAGCUGCCUGUGCCAGGGUAAAAUGAGGCUUGGUGGUUUGCAGGGGAGGGUCAUUGUCCAGGUGAGCGUUUGUGAGUGCACAGGGAGAUGUUUCAGGGCUGUGGGUGAGGCAGACUUGCCCUCCUGACUAUAUGCAACCCUGGACAUGGAGAGGCAGAGAAGAGUCUUAAAAGCUCAAUCUUGUAGAGAAAUUUGAGUACAUCUAUGGAGACCUUUAGAGUAGAGAGCUUUCUUUCAGAAAGUCAUCUCUAAAGUCAAAAUCAUCUGUUAAGGCAAAGAACCCAUUCAGACAGAACUCAUGAACCACCGUUAAUGGGAAUGUAGUGUAUGAUUUCUUAGUCAUCUUGCCCUCCUUCAGAAGGGGAUAGGUAGACUUGAAGCGUUUUCUGUCUCAGUAAUGAUGGCUGAGGGAGAAAACAUCUUCAUGAUAAAGGAAGGUACUGAGCAGUCUGCUGGUAGUUGAAAAGGGACUUGGAUAGCUUUAAAGAAUAAUUUAAUAUGCCCUUUGGGAAUUGUCUGUCUGAGCAGAGGACAAGCAUGAAGAGGCACUGGGGACAUGUGAUACAAAUAGGUGUGAGAAGAACAGUUGUGAGCAUAACCAAGUAGGGUACACAGAUUUUGCAAUCAUCAGUCUCACUUGUUUUAGGGGUAGCACAUACAGGCUCUUCAGCAUCAGUCUUUCUGCUGAGUAUACAUCCAGUUUCAGGGCCUGGGUUUCUGGGUUUCUGGGUUUCUUGGUAGGUUUACACUUACGCGGAAUGCUCUGAAAUUGCAAGAGCAAUCCCAACAGCUGCUGUGUGGGCUCCAUGCUCUGGUUUCAUUCAUUCAUCCACCAACCCCAUAUAGUGACAGUACACUGUCCAAAAGCAUUACCAAAUAUCCCAACAAAUGUGGAGAGCAGGUGCUCUGUAAGCCCAGAAACCCUGGAGGUGUAUGUAUAUUUGUUUUUUGUGGUAUGUAUCAUCCAAGAACUGAAAAUAGACAGUAGAAAAUGUAGCAGGUUGGUAGUGGAAAGAAUAUCUGUCUGUAAAGACCAACCAUCCCAGUGCUCCUACGGCAUCUGAGGACAUGUUUCAGUGAAGAGCUACCAGAAGGGAGAGGUGGGGGGAAAUUCUAUUGACAUUUCCUGAAAGGAGUUUGAAAAACACCUGCUUGACAGAGCCAGUGACUCAGGCCAAGGCUGGAAUCCUUCAAAAUCAGCACAAGAACGAGAGGGGGUGUGUGACCCUGACAGACACUGUGAGUCAAAGCAGAAAUUACCUCAUGCAGAGGUGCAGGCAGUGCCUGUUGGAUGACUCACACUGACACAUAAUUCAUGGACAUUCCUUUCAUUACAAGUAUAGUUUACAUACUUAAAAAUACAAAAUCAACUGAUAAAAAUUCCUCAGCCAUUAAGGGGUCCAAAAUUCCAUAAAUCUGGGCAGCCAAAAAUAUGUUUGCUGUUUGUAUUGAGGAUGUAUGAUAAAAAUUUACAUGGAUAUAUGGAUGGAAUUUUUCUGCCUUGAGUAACAUACAGAUGUCUAACUUGGAAUACUAUUUACUUGCUAGUCUUACAUUCAUUUCUGACUUCCAAGCAUCUUUUUUAAAUUUGGAAAAUAAAGCCUUCAGAAACAA